CCGUCUGACAUAUGCAAGGACAGACGGACAUCAGAGCUGAAAUGUCCCUGCAGGGAGAAAGUACUGACACCUUCACAGUGGACACUUCGUCCUUCUGCAACAGAUUGAAGAGCAUGUGAGUCAUCAAAAUGGAUGAUUUAGAUCACAGCAUACACAUUGGAGAGUACGACUGGACGAGCUUCUACGAUGAGAGUGAGGAGUGUUGUCUGCUGCAGGCUUCACUCGCCUGCCCUGAUAGCUGGAACCUCAGUGAUUCAGAUGAUUCGGAAAACCCAAGUUCAGUGCUGUGCACAGGCCGGCAGGAGCCACAGCACAGCUCUGCGAGAUGCUGCACAGAGAGAGAGACUUGCACUGGUUGUGUAAAGUGUACAUCAGUGCAGAUUACAGAGAGUAGUUCAGGACAAGGACAAGAUGAUCUUACAACAAAAGCUGAGAUAUGUGUUGAUUAUCCUGAAGCGACCGCCAUCAGCACAGCAGAGCACAUCACAGAGGAGACAAAUAACAACACCACACUGCAAACUGAGCAACUAAAUGUUCAGUCUGCAGAUGGAGACUCAUCAGAGCUGAAAGAAGAAGAUGGAGAUGCACAAACAGAGAGUGAACUCAAAUCCAUACAGGAACCUGACCCACUUUCUUGCAACCAAGCGGAGCUAAAUGUGAACGAGCCGUUCAAUACAGACAGAGCUGUGAGCGAGGGUGUGAGCGGCGCUGCAUUAAGAGCAGAAAAAGAACGCUGGUUCGUGACAGUAAACUACAGUCCUGCACGACCGCGAGUGCGUGCCGCCUCUGUGAAAAAAAAACGAAGACAAAAAAAACUUUGUAAGGACAAUCACAUGGGCAGACCUGGGCAGGAGGGAUUACUUGAAAAUGGCAAGAUAAUUAAAAAUAAUAAUGAAUCCGACAGAGGGAUGGACACAGAGUGUGUCAUACACACAAACCAAAAAUCAAAAGGGUAUCAAGGUGGUGAAGAAGAUCCUGAGAGUGUUCACAUGGGACUCAUUUCAGAUUCAUCGCAAGUGUCUUUAACGUCUGGUGAAGAAGAUGAUUUGUUAGAAAAGCUGGUGAUGUCUCAUUUUCCUACAGAGCCAACGACAGACAGAUACCAACACGACCCAAGCAGCUCAGCAUCCAUGCCUGAUGACACAUUUACACCCAAAGAACCAUCACGGUUGGACAGUGUGGAGUCUGAUGACGCAGCCGAGUUCCUCUCCACUCACAGUUUUGAUUCUGAAAUCUAUCUGUCAGCGACUGAAUCAGAGGAGGACCUUCAGCGUCUUAAUGUUGAACACCAAAGCUCAUUAUCUCUGACAGAAAACAGCCAUCUGUUCAAUCUGACUGAAAAUGACAAUGUAGACUUUACACCAGACAGAGAUUCUUGUGAUAGCCCUCUGUCUUGCACUGUCACAGUUCCCAACGCUGAAGGUCACGAAAGCACCGACGUCGAGCCCACCCUCACAUUUCCAUCUGCUCGCCAAAGUUCUGACAAAAUACCAGAUGACAACUCCACAUGUAACAACCACACACACAGCACGCCGCCCUCAGAUGCACCUGGACUCCAACAACAUGAAGUUAAUCUUCCGGCAUCUGGCUGCUCUUCAGGAGAUCAGCUUCUCCCUGUUCCUGAGUUAACUCUAACACCAUGCUCUGUGGCCGACAGCCCCGAAACAUACGCUGAAGCCGCGGGCCACACUCGACCUGUGUAUGCCAUUUCUGCUUUUUGGGAUGAGAUGGAAAAACUGACAAUAAAUGACAUUUUGCAGCUCAGGAUGGGUAGAAGAACCCCUCCCAGGGAAACACAAGACACAGUGACACCAGUCACAGAUGAUCACAGCUCUGUGGCUGACACUGUGGAGUAUAAUUCAUCUGACGGGGGUCUGAUGGACACGUCAGAUGCUGCUGACUCAGAUUAUUUCACACAGCCUGACGAAUCCAAGCCAGAUCGUUCAAGCUGUGAGUUUUCCACCUCUGAUUUUGAAGAAGAGUACUGGCAGUUUCUUAGCGCCAGUAGGAACCCCAGUCCUGACCCUCAAAGCAAAAAAAGCAGGAGUGACUCUCUGUUCUUUGCACAUGAGGAAGAGGAGUCCUCAGGCUCCGAGGGAAAGGAGACACCUGUGCCUUCAGAAGACUAUGAAAUGAAAUGUUUUGAGGAUGAGGACUCGAAUGCUUUAAUUUCAAGCGAACUUCCAUUGCAGACACAGAUAACAAAAAGCAAAAGCGUGCGUAACGUACAGGCUCUCAUCACAGACGAUUUAUCUCUACAGGUUCUGCUUGGUAACGAUGAGGGCAGUCCGUGUCUCAGCAGCUGUCCAUCUCUGGAGGACGACAUGGUUUUGAAAACGAGCGACAGCCUGGAAAAACUAACACCUACACCUUUUCUGGGCGAACAUUAUCAGAUAUCCAUCCCUGAAGUGUUUGAAUACUUUUUCACAGGGGAUAGAACAAAGACUGAUUCCCAGUGUGUCGCCGUCUAUGAUCCAGAGGACUUUUCAGCGGCUCCUGUGUUUGACUUCACUCUUUGUACAGUCAGAGAUGAAAGGUCAUUUUCUCCCCUCCAUGACCUUCCGUGCAUCGAGGAGAAACCCAUCCCCAUUUUCUCCUGUUCUCACCCGACCGUCAGAGAACUCACAUUCCCAAAUCAGGACUAUGUUUUCCUGAGUGCAGACUGUGAGAUGGAGGACGACAUCUCUCCAAUCAGAGUCAUGUCUCGCUCCUUCAUCCAGGGCAGAGAUUGUGGGGCAGCGGCCUCACAUGGAUUUCUCACCUGGAAAAGUCUGAUGAGGAAGAUUCGCUUCCCCGACAAAGGUAGCAUCUGGUGCAGCAGAUCUGGUGCCUGGGUGUUCCCCGUUGAGGCAGAGAAGAUCACCAUCAAGAGUGCUGAUCCACCAGUAACAGUCCUCACUGAGAGGAGAGUCUCUCUGAGUCCUUCUCAGCUGUUUAGAGAGCUGGCUGUGCAGCAGAGGGUAUUUGAGGCUAUACAGACAAAAAGACGACAGGGCAUCUUCUCCACACUGAAGCAGUCAGAUAUGUGUUUAGUCUGCAUUGCUUUUGCCUCCUGGGUGUUAAAAUCCUCUGAUCCAGAGAGUGCUGAUACCUGGAAAGCAGUUCUCCUGGCAAAUGUGAGUGCGCUGUCGGCCAUCCAGUAUCUGCGGCAGUAUGUGAAGAAGAAGAAUCCUGCUCAAGAUGAAGCCUGAUAUGUGCACGCAAGAGGGAAGAGUAAUUUCCAAACAUUUUCACUUGGGUCCAUCCAUAAAAAUAUAUUCAAGUUACAAUACAGAAUCUAAAAGAAAACUGAUGUUUUAAGUUCUUUUCAGCCUGAGGCUAGUUGAAGGUUUUUAUUUAAAGGAAGUUUUAGUUUCUUGUUGUCAACAGAUUCCAUAAAAAGAGACAAACCAACAAUGAACUGAUCCUCAUGACAAACACAGCUGUUACCAAAGCUUGAUGUAGCUUCUUCCUCUAUUAUUAUUCAAAAACUCUUCAUUACAAUGAAUACAGACAUUUUAGAGAACGGAUACUCAACUUGCUUUACCUGUGGUCCACCUUACAAGAUGCCAGGGGGCAGUUAUAGCAGCCAGCACAGGUCAGGUGUACCUAAGGGCACUUCUAGGAUUUGAGGAUAUUUGCGGCUUACCUCAGACUUCUGUCAGGGGGUCCUGGGGAUCCUCUCCUGACACUUUUUUUUUUAAACUCAACCUGUAAACAGGCUUUAUUUUGAUGCUAUUUUAUGCACUUCCUGCGCUCCCUGUUUGCAUUCAGAGUACAAAAUUUCUCAUUGCACAUCAAUAUAUUUUCAUUGUGAAUUGGAAAAUGGUCAACGGGUCACACAGCACCCUAUCAGGGGCUGGAUUUGACCUGCGGGCUGUAAGUUGAGUAUCACUGCUGUCGCUCAGACACGAUCCUGCUGCUGAAAAUACUCAGUCACAAAUCGGGCUGAAAAAAGUUCCCAACAGAUGGACUGUUUCAAGAUUCAAGAUCACGAUUCAAAGAUUUAUUUGUCACAUAUUCAUAUUUUUAAUAUGUGCAGUGAAAUGCAGGGACACUCUCUAGAGGAUGUGAUAAAAGGCUGAAUGCGCAAUAAAAAAAUGAGAUUUUUGAGAUGAGAUUGAAAACUAAGUAUUGGACAAACAAAAAUGUUCAUGUCACAUUUGUAGGCUGACUGCAUAAUGAUUUUUAAAAAAAACCAAGUGAACAUGCUCACAAGCAGGCAUCCUAAUGGUUACACUGCUAAAAACAACAGCACCAAGUUGUUAUAGGAAAUUAUUUAGAUUAUUUUGAAUUAGAUUUGAUUUAAUCAGUAUGUAUUCGAGACCUAACAGGAACAAAAUGGCUUUGGGUUGAGAGCCGCACGCAGGAUGUGUGAGUUGUAAAGAGAUGAACUUACACUGUUGGUUUUGGUCCUUUUUAUGGAAUUGGCUGACAAUAAAAAAUAAUAGCUUAUCUGCAGCCACAUCCUUUAAACAUUUCAUCUGCAUUUUCAACUUUCAAUGACUGUUUUUUCAGUUCUGGUUAAACUGAUGUUGAUAUAUGGACCAUUAUGUAAGCACAGACGCUCACACUUUUUGACACGUGCUGUUUAUGAAUGUCAUGGCUUUGUCUGUCGUACAGCUGUAAUCAAGCUAAGGUUUAACAGCAGCCUGUAGAGGUUCUGAUUAGAUGCAGAGUGUAUGUAGGCCGUCUUUGUUGAGGAGGACAAAGGGGAUGGAAAGCUGAAAGAAAGCUGUGUUGUAGUUAUGUGCCUGGUUUGUAUUUAUGUUGUAAGAAAAGGUUCAGUAGGUGAUUGCUUGAGCUGUGCAUCAUGGGUAAGCAUAGUCUGAAACAGGGUAACAAACUGUUUUGCUUUUUGCCCCUUUAAGGGAAUACUUCACCCACAAAAUGAUUCUUUGUAUAUUCAUAACUUACCACCGUAUUCAUUGAAUUUGUGAAAUAACUUUUUCUCUCAUGCCUCCAUGGUGAACGAAGAAUCCAGAAACAGUGAAAAGUCUGGGUGAAUUGGAGCUCAUAGGCUCACACAUGCUCAGGCACACUUGGGUUAUACUGCAUGAGUUGUGUGAGAGUUUUUAUACAGUUUGGCUGUUGUUAAAUGUGGACGCUCUCCACUUCAUAAAGUUCGCCUUUUUGGGUUCUCCGUUUGCUGUGGCAGCGUGCGAGAAAAACAAUGUUUUCUGCACAAAUUCAAGGUGACAUGGUGAGAGACUGAUAUACAAAUGAUCAUUUUUCGGGUGAGGUCAUCUUUUCAGAGUAGCUAUUUAAUAUAUCUGCCUGUAUACAUACGCAAAAUAAAAUUGCUAUGUCUGUUAGGUGUUGCUGUCUCAGGCACUUUUAUGUAUUACCCCUACAUUACCUGCUGUCACAUUUUGUGUGAAGAUCUAAGAGCAAAUGACUGUUAUCAGAACACUUCUUCAUAUCUCUUGUCAAACAAGACUGGGUACAUAUGAUUUUACAUAUAUGACUGAUUUUGUGCAAUAAGUAUUUUAAUGCAAUAAAACCAUGAAUACAUCACAGUCCCCUCUGUCCAAGUUGAUGCGUGCAAGAAAAACCACAGUGCUAACAGGAAGUGUUCUGUUAGUUUGACACUGUUACACGCUGCUGCCAGUUGGUACACCUAACUAAAAACUAAUGCAGUUCAAUACAUUACA